AAACCCCCUGGCCCCUGUCUAUGGAGCGCGUAGUCUCCCACCCAUCCACAGUCCCACCACCAGUGUACAGUCGACAGCAGUAGGUACCUAUCACCUCGGAAGGUGCCGUAGAGAAGCUACAGGAUCAGAUCAUCGCAGUUGUAGCAGUAGAGUCUCACACAGCAGGAUGGCCAACUCCACGCGUAUCUUCUACAGUAUGGUUUUCAUCAUUGGACUGCUAUCCUCUCCGGUGGAUUCAAAAAGAAACAGAGGUUCACAAGGCGCCAUUCCUCAUCCUGACAAAAACAACCCAAACGAAUCGGAGCAGCAACCACAACCUCCGCAGGGGGGGUCCGGCUCCCGCCAGAGGACGGGCUCAUCCUCACCGGCUGACGAAGUGCUGGAGUCCAGCCAGGAAGCUUUGCAUGUGACGGAGCGCCAGUAUUUGAAACGGGACUGGUGCAAAACGCAGCCUCUCAAACAGACAAUCCACGAGGAGGGCUGCGUCAGCCGCACCAUCAUCAACCGCUUCUGUUACGGACAGUGCAACUCCUUCUACAUCCCCCGGCACAUCCGGAGGGAGGAGGGAGCCUUCCAGUCCUGUUCGUUUUGUAAACCGAAGCGUUUUACCACCAUGACUUUUACAUUGAACUGUCCAGACCAGCAGCCACCCACCAAGAAGAAACGCAUCCAGCGCGUCAAACAGUGUCGCUGCAUAUCUAUAGACCUGGACUAAACACAGUGAUGAUGUGUGUUUCAUGUUUUCGUCUUAGUGGACUUGAUAGCUGUCUCACAGCCAAGAAGUUGUGCUCGUCUCCACUUGGAGAUAAGCACCGAACACGCUGAUACUUAAGUUUCUCAUGUACAGCACUUGAACAAAUAUGGAAUUGCAACUUAAAAAACAAACAAAUAAAUAAAGAUGUCAAAAGUAACUUGUUACACCUCACCAGACUGAAAACAAGCAUCACUGCACGGAAAUCUGACUCGGAAUGGGCACGCUUUACGCACGGCUUCCUCAUCUCACGGGACUGCGUAACACCGGUCUUAUUUAACUGCUCCAAACAGUCAUUGUGACUGUUGAACAUCUCUGUCCAUCCUGUAUUUUACGUAUAUGUUUGCUGAACUGGAUCUUUCCACUGUGUGGAAUUUGAUGUAGGACUUUAAAAAGAAAAAAAAAAAAAGUGAUUUUAUUUCGAUAUUUCAAGAAUCGUUCAAGGUUAACCUAAUUGAUUUCUGUGAAUUUCGAAGUCCACUAGUUAAAGUUUUCUUUCUUUUAAGUUGUGAAGCUACUUAAAUAUAAAAAAAUAUGGCUUAUAAGUUAGUUUAAAUGGAAAUGUACAGUGGCGGUUUCUACAUUAACAAGGUGAAAUAUUUGUAAACUGUAAAACCACCUUUAAUGUAACCCAUUUGUUUAUUCCUUUGAUUAAAUUAUCCACCAAAACGAAAUAAAUGGA